ACUCAGCGCCCGCUGUCCUGCCAGAUGACUCCGCGCCCGCUGUGAGCUUGGUGACUUGGUGCCCGCUGUCGUGCCAGUUGACUCGGUUCCCACUGUCGAGCUUGGUGGCCCGGUGCCCGCUGUUCUGCCAGAUGACUCGGUGCCCGCUGCUCCGCCUGAUGGCCCGGUGCCCGCUGCUCUGCCUGAUGGCCGGUGCCCGCUGCUCUGCCUGAUGUGCCUCUGUCCGCUGCCCAGCCUGAUGUGCCUGUGUCCGCUGCCCAGCCUGAUGUGCCUCUGUCCACUGCCCAGCCUGAUGUGCCUCUGUCCGCUGCCCAGCCUGAUGUGCCAGCCCCUGCUGCCUUGUGGGCUGCAGUACCAAGGCUGGCCAGCGGGUGCUCUCAGCAGC